GCCUUGCGAGGUGCCUGUUAGCGGGGGAGCCGGGCGGAGCGGCGCGGCGAGAGGCGCGGAGGGCUGCGCGGAGCUCGGCGCAGCCUCGGGCGGGCGGUUCUCGGCUCGGCUCGGCUCGGCGCGGCUCGGCCGGGGGCAGAGCGAUGCCUCGGCUGCCCGAGGACAGGCAGAGACCCCGCCACUGACAGCGGCCGCUCCCUGCGCUCCACAUCACGUCUGUCUGCGGCAGCGAGGAGGAGGAGAAGGACCUUGGGCAUUAACUAUCUCGACUUGGAGACUUUAUUUUUGGUUCUUGUCCCUUUCCCGUGGAACCAGUCGCCUCUCUCGAGCUGAUCCUCCUUUAAAAAAAAAAAGAGAGAGGGAGAGAGAGCGAGGGGAGGGGGGGUGGGGGGGGAAGAGCAGCUGGAGUUUCUCCUCAGCUCGUUUUGACUUUUGUGGACGUGGAUCAUCUGGACUGGGAAGGGAAGCCGCGCUGCGCUGCUCUCCCCUUUCCCACCCCCUCGCCCCUCCAGCAGCCUGGGCUGCCGGCUCUCCCCCGAGCAGGACGGGAACUUUUAUUUGCAGCUCGCAGCCCGUGGCGAAUGGUGGGAAUCUCCGGUCCUCUGCAGUAAAAGAUUGAUCUCUGGGCUGGUGAACAUAAUAUCUGUCCCAGUCAGAAAAGGAAAGAGGAAAUUAGCAGAGCGAUUGGUGGAGAAUGAUAUCUGUCAAAAGAAACACUUGGAGAGCACUGAGUUUAGUGAUAGGUGACUGCCGGAAAAAAGGGAACCUUGAAUUUUGUCAAGAUCGCACUGAGAAGCAUUCCACAAUGCCAGACUCACCUGUGGAUGUGAAGACACAAUCCAGGCUGACGCCUCCAACCAUGCCACCUCCUCCCACUACCCAAGGAGCUCCAAGAACCAGUUCAUUCACGCCCACAACGUUAACCAAUGGCACUAGCCAUUCACCAACAGCGUUAAAUGGAGCUCCAUCUCCUCCUAAUGGCUUUAGCAAUGGGCCAUCCUCUUCCUCUUCCUCUUCUCUGGCUAACCAGCAGUUACCGCCAGCUUGUGGAGCUAGGCAACUCAGCAAACUGAAGAGAUUUCUUACAACCUUACAGCAGUUUGGCAAUGACAUUUCACCAGAGAUUGGGGAGAGAGUGCGUACCCUUGUGCUAGGACUUGUGAAUUCUACUUUGACAAUUGAAGAAUUUCAUUCCAAACUGCAAGAAGCUACUAACUUCCCACUGCGACCUUUUGUCAUCCCAUUUUUAAAGGCCAAUCUGCCCCUGCUGCAGCGGGAGCUGCUGCACUGUGCAAGGCUAGCCAAGCAGAACCCAGCCCAGUACCUCGCCCAGCACGAACAGCUGCUUCUGGAUGCCAGCACCACCUCACCUGUUGACUCCUCAGAGCUGCUUCUCGAUGUGAACGAAAACGGGAAGAGGCGAACUCCAGACAGAACCAAAGAAAAUGGCUUUGACAGAGAGCCUUUGCACUCAGAGCAUCCAAGCAAGCGGCCCUGCACUAUUAGCCCAGGCCAGCGGUACAGUCCAAAUAACGGCUUAUCUUAUCAGCCCAAUGGUCUGCCUCAUCCCACCCCACCUCCACCUCAGCAUUAUCGUUUGGAUGAUAUGGCCAUUGCCCACCACUACAGGGACUCAUACAGACACCCCAAUCACAGGGACCUCAGGGACAGAAACAGACCUAUGGGGUUGCAUGGCACACGUCAAGAAGAAAUGAUUGAUCACAGGCUAACGGACAGAGAAUGGGCAGAAGAGUGGAAACACCUUGACCAUCUGUUAAACUGUAUAAUGGACAUGGUGGAAAAAACUAGGCGAUCUCUCACUGUACUACGGCGAUGUCAAGAAGCAGACCGUGAGGAGCUUAAUUACUGGAUACGGCGGUACAGUGAUGCGGAAGAUUUAAAAAAAGGCGGUAACAGCAGCAGUAGUCAUUCCAGACAGCAGAGCCCAGUGAAUCCAGAUCCAGUUACAUUAGAAUCGCAUCGGGAAUUCCUUCACAGGCCUGCGUCUGGAUACGUGCCAGAGGAGAUCUGGAAGAAAGCUGAGGAAGCUGUCAAUGAAGUAAAGCGCCAGGCGAUGGCCGAGUUGCAGAAGGCAGUGUCGGAGGCAGAGCGGAAAGCUCACGACAUGAUCACUUCGGAGAGAGCUAAGAUGGAGCGCACUGUUGCGGAAGCCAAGCGCCAGGCUGCAGAGGAUGCACUAGCUGUUAUCAAUCAGCAGGAGGAUUCGAGCGAGAGUUGCUGGAACUGUGGCCGGAAAGCUAGUGAAACCUGCAGUGGUUGCAACACAGCACGAUACUGUGGCUCAUUUUGCCAGCAUAAGGACUGGGAGAAGCACCAUCACAUCUGUGGACAGACCCUCCAAGCCCAGCAGCAAGGAGAGACACCAGCAGUGAGCUCCUCUGUGACGCCCAGCAGCGGGGCCGGGAGCCCCAUCGACACUCCACCAGCAGCCACUCCUAGGUCCACCACCCCGGGAACCCCAUCCACCAUAGAGGCGACUCCUCGUUAAAACUGAACUCGAAACUCUGAAAACAAAAAACACAUCAAAAAGUGAAACCAAUUCCUCAUCCUCAGAUGCGCAAAGAUUUUAACUGAACUGUCAUAUUUCAAUACUUCAAUAAGAAAGAACUUACUGUAUCUUGAGGUGGUAGAAAAUACAGAAGGCCAGUAACGGGUCAUAAUGACUUAUUGUGGAUAACAAAGAUAUCUUUUCUUUAGAAAACUGAAAAGAGAGCAGAGAAUAUACACAAAA